AUAGGAGGCAGAGCCCAGAGCACCCAGCAAAGCAAACCGAGUCCACACCACCAGUCCACCGCACCACCAAUCAAUCAGGGCAUCAGGCACCAGAGUGACAGCGGCGGCAACGCCCACGCGGCCGCCGGAGCCGGAGCCCGAUGGAUCUCCCGCCGCUCUCCCACCAGGCGCUCUUCGCGGCGGUACGAUCCGCCGACGCGGCCGCCGUCCGCGCGCUCCUGGCCGACGCCGAGGCCUCGGGCACCUCCCUGGCCGCGCUCGCCGCCGCGCAGACGGACGCCGGGGAGACCGCGCUCUACGUCGCCGCGGAGGCCGGGAGCGAGGAGGUCGUCCGCCUCCUCCUCCCGCUCUACGACCUCGAGGCCGCCACCGUCCGCUCCCGCAUCGACCUCGACGCCUUCCACGUCGCCGCUAAGCAGGGGCACACCGGGGUUGUGAAAGAGUUCCUGGGGCGGUGGCCGGAGCUUUGUUCAGUCUGCGACUCUUCCAAGACCAGCCCCCUUUACUCCGCCGCGGUCAAGGACCACUUGGAUGUGGUAAAUGCUAUACUGGACACUGAUGAUAGCUGCAUAAGGAUUGUGCGGAAAAAUGGGAAGACGUCACUGCAUACUGCUGCAAGAAUCGGAUACCAUCGCAUUGUCAAAGCGCUCAUAGAGAGGGAUCCAGGUAUCGUUCCAAUAAGGGAUAGGAAGGGGCAAACUGCACUUCACAUGGCUGUGAAAGGUAAAAAUACAGAUGUAGUGGAAGAGUUACUGAUGGCUGAUGUUUCCAUCCUCAAUGUGCGUGACAAGAAGGGAAAUACAGCUUUGCAAAUAGCUACACGAAAAUGGAGGCCUCAGAUGGUACAACUUCUGCUUAGCUAUGAGACACUUGAAGUCAAUGCUGUCAAUAGUCAAAAUGAAACAGCUAUGGAUUUGGCUGACAAAGUUCCUUAUGGUGAGUCUAAAACGGAAAUAAUAGAGUGGCUGACAGAGGCUGGUGCAAAGAAUGCAAGAAAUGUGGGGAAAAUUGAUGAGGCAUCAGAACUAAGGAGAACUGUGAGUGAUAUCAAGCACAAUGUUCAGGCGCAGCUUAGUGAGAACGCUAAGACCAAUAAACGAGUGACGGGGAUUCGCAAAGAGUUGCAGAAACUACACAGAGAAGCUAUUCAGAACACCAUCAAUUCAGUUACCAUGGUAGCAACCCUGAUUGCCUCCAUUGCGUUUGUUGCCAUAUUCAAUCUGCCAGGUCAAUACUUCCAGGAUGUGAAUGAUGGGGGAGACAUCGGUGAGGCCCAUAUAGCCAAACUCACUGGUUUCCGUGUCUUCUGUCUUCUGAAUGCCACCGCCCUUUUCAUUUCCCUCGCGGUGGUCGUCGUGCAGAUCACCUUGGUCGCCUGGGAAACUGGCGCCCAGAAGCAAGUUAUCAAGAUUGUAAAUAAGCUCAUGUGGACCGCGUGCCUUAGCACAGGGGCGGCUUUCAUCUCACUAGCCUAUGUUGUAGUUGGCCCACAACAUGCCUGGAUGGCCUUCACCAUAUCAGCCAUCGGAGGUCCGAUCAUGAUCGGAACCCUCCUGUUCCUAGCCUAUCUGUUGUUGCGUCCACGAUUCAAGUUUGGCGAUGACAGACAGCGUCGCAUCAAGAGGGCUAGUGGCAGCAAGUCCUUCUCCUGGUCACUCCAUGAGGGGCUUUCAGAUCUGGAAGCCUUCUCUGAUCAUGACAAGAAAAUCUAUGCCCUGUAGGGAGUAACAGUAACUGCAAUUGUUGUAGCUGCAUGUAACAUUAAGAAGAGGCAAUUGUGAGAAUACAGAUGGUCCAUGUAUAUAUUUGUUGUAGCUGUUUUAGGUCUGUGGUCAGGCACCAAAAUUAGACCUUUCUCCCAAGAGACAUGGCUUGUGUACUUGGGGACUUAUGCUGAUGUACAGUACCUGAGAAUGAAGAGCUGCACCUACUGGAGUGUUGCAAGUA